UAUAUAUACACAGGAAAUAUAUAUCAAUAAAUAUGUCAGAUGAAUUAAGAAGAGAAAGAUUUCGAGAAUUGUUGACAAAAAUUUAUCAUGUAGAUAGAGAGAUACCAGCAGAAACAUUGGAUGAGAUUACAAAAUGUAUGCUAGGUCCAGAAUCAAAAAAGACUACCUACAUUGGUGCAUUAAUUGGUUCUGCAAUUGGAUCAGUUAUUCCUUUUAUGAUUGAACCAUUGAAAAAAUCUUUCAUAGUUUUUACUUUGGUUGGAGGUAUAUAUGGAUCUGUUAUUGCAAGAUAUUUUCAUGGUAAAGAUUGUUUAUCUAUAGUUGAUAAUCAUCCACGCAAUAUUUAUAGACAACCAAGGAAGAAUAAACCUUUUGAAGUAGAAACACCAUUGGAAAGAGAAUCUAUUACAAAAGGAUCUUCGAUAGAUAUUGAAGCUUUUCAACAAAUAGAUCAACAGGAUGAUGGAUUUUCUUCUGUUAAUACUCGUGAAUAUCAACCAGUUAUAAGCGCUGAUGUACCAGAAAAGAAAGAAAAACAAAUAUCUGAAGGUAUAACUUAUGAUGAGUUACGGCGAAGAAACAGAGACAGUUUUCAAUCAGGAAACGUACAGCAUAGAUAUGCAAAACGAACUGUUGAUUCAAAAGAAAGUCAAUCCACACAGAAUCAAGACUUUAAAUCAGAAUUCAACACAGAAUCUGAUCUUUUCCCUAUGCCAAGUAGUACUGGAAAUCACAAAACGAAAUAUGGUGACAUAUGGGAUUGAAUGAAUAAAAAUAGCGUAAACAUUAUUUGUUGCUUAUGUAAUACGAAUACCAUAUAAAAGUAUUGAAGUAA